CCCCGCCAGCCCCGAUCGCUCGCAGAUUCGCAACAGGGCCGCUUAGCAGGAGUCACCGCACCAGAAGGAAGCACGCGCAAACAUGGACUCCCCGGAGCCUGAUACCCCUUUCGCGGCUGUGACGGCGCAGACAUCGAAGUUUAAGAGGACAUUCCAAAGCUACCUCGACAAGUCGACACCUUACCAGACGUACAGAUGGGUCGGCACCGCCGUCUUGUUCCUAUUAUUCGGCCUGCGCAUAUUCCUUGCCCAAGGCUGGUACAUUGUCGCCUACUCGCUCGGCAUCUAUCUGCUAAAUCUCUUCCUCGCAUUUCUAUCCCCGAAAUUCGACCCCGCGCUUGAACAAGAUGAGGGCAUGGAAGACGGCACGGCGGGCGACCUCCCCACCAAGGAGGAAGAGUUCAGGCCCUUUGUGCGCCGCCUUCCAGAGUUCAAAUUCUGGUACUCGGCGACCAUGGCCACCUCUAUAGGCUUCUGCUGCAGUUGGUUUGAGAUUUUCAACCUGCCCGUCUUCUGGCCGGUGCUGGUGGUCUACUGGUUGAUUCUGUUUGGCCUGACGAUGCGACGACAAAUCCAGCACAUGAUCAAAUACCGCUACGUUCCUUUCACGGUCGGCAAGACGCGAUACCCGGGUGCUUCGAACUGAGCACGCUCAUUCUUUGCUGAUCAUCGAUCGGUCGAUUACCGCAUUCGAGACCCAUGGAUCGAGCGUGGACGUGUGGAGUUAUUACAAGCGGUUGCUUUCCUGGCGCAGGCGCGGUGUAACGAUAGACAUGGGCUUCUACUCAGCGCCACUAGACUGCUUCAGAAACAAGCAGGCACGGACUGGACAACGAUUGGAUGGUGUACGACAUGCAUUGUAUCGGUAGUAGGGAAAUCGGCACUUACAACUUUAAUCCUGGGGAGGAACAAUG